CAGUGGACUCAUUUGUCCACCAGGGGGCGCCGCCGCUGAAACAUCUGCACGAACAGCUGAUGUUUUCAGAUUUUUACACUUUAUUGAAACAUUAAUUUAACGUCCAGUUCAAGAGAAACAUCCGUUAACAAAUAAACUUAAAGCAGAAUAAUAUGUAUUAUAUGACUGUAAUUAUUGAUCGCCUGUAAUGAAACACCAGCAGCAGCUGGUCGGGUGUUCACCUGUCACUGAAUGGACUUUGUGUCUGAUCAAUAUUCUGAUUGAUAAGUCAGAACUCUGCUGGAGUGAUGGUUGUUUAAACAGAUCUGACAGACAUGUAGAAACGUUAAAUAUGAACAGAAGCUUUGAUGAGAAAUAUCAGAAGGAAUUCAGUGAUAAUCAAUAUUUUAGCUCUCGGCAGAGGAAAGGAGGAAGUUGAGGUUCAGUCAGAUGACAAAGCGGAAAUAAAUUGAUCAGAUCAGAGAACAGGCGGCGGGAAGCAGCUGCCUGUUGAUUGGCUCUCAGUUUAUUAAUGAUUUAUUUAAUUUUAUCUUGAAUCUGUGUGAAAUGAUUUAAUUAUAUUUACUUGUAUAUUUGUUUCUUCCUGCUUCUGAGUCGUAAAGUUAAAUAAAGAAAUAAAAUAAUGAAAUAAAAGUCCUGACCGGAAACUGCUCCUGAUUCAGAGCUCCUCUGACCGGAAGUGACGUCUCUGCAGCGCUGAGUCAGCUGAACCAAACCGGAAGCAAAACAAACAGCAGGGCGCAGGCGCAGCAGCAGCACCCCGAGCUCGCGCUGCGCAGGGAACAAACUUUAUUUCACUUUAAUAAAACGUUUAUUCUUUUAUUUUGUUUUCCCGGCUAACUGACGUCAGCCAGCUGCGUCACCCAGCAGGUGAGAAACAGCACGAGACGCACCGGAGCGCGAGACCCGCCGCUGUUUGUCCAACGCGGAAGUUCAGCACGGAAGUGAUGAAGAGGAGUCGGGUGCUGGCCGUGCUGGUGGGAGGAGUCUUUUGCGUGGCGGUGAUGUCACUGUACCGCAUGCUGGAGUUGAUGCAGGGGGCGGAGCUUCAGAACAGAGGGGAGGCGCCCGCUAGACAGGUGGACGACGAUUUGUCCCGCCUCCAGCAGAAGAUUGACAGGCUGGAGCGUCUCCUUAGCGACAACAACCGUCUGGUUGCUGCGCUGCGUGACGCUAUGCUCCACCGCAAAGCAUCAUGGGACACAGGGGGAGGGGCCAACGUGAGCUCCGCCCACAGCCGAGCCGACUCGCCGCCUGGCUGCCGAUUGGCCGAAGAGAUGAAGGACGGGGCCGACGGAGUGCAGCUGCUGGAUGUUUACAACUUCCUGCCGUUCGAUAAUCCCGACGGCGGCGCCUGGAAACAGGGUUUUGAGAUCCGUUACCACGGCAACGAGUGGGACGAGCAGCCGCUGGAACUUUUUCUGGUUCCGCAUUCGCACAACGACCCGGGCUGGCUGAAGACGUUCGACGGUUAUUAUCAGGAUCAGACGAAACACAUCCUCAACAACAUGCUGAUCAAACUGACGGAGGACAGCAGGAGGAAGAUGAUUUGGGCAGAAAUCAGUUAUUUCUCUAAAUGGUGGAACGACAUCGACGAGCAGAAGAGAGCGAUGGUCAAACGUCUGGUGGGGGCGGGGCAGCUGGAGCUGGUGACGGGCGGCUGGGUGAUGGCCGACGAAGCAAACUCUCAUUACUUCGCUCUGUUGGAUCAGCUGAUCGAGGGACACCAGUGGAUCCAGCGACACCUGGGUGUGAAGCCGAGCAGCGGUUGGGCGGUGGAUCCGUUCGGCCACUCCCCCUCUAUGACCUACCUGCUGAAGGGGGCGGGUCUUCGUGACAUCGUCAUCCAACGCACUCACUACGCCGUCAAGAAACACUUCGCCCGGCAACAGACGCUCGAGUUUCUAUGGCGACAGAGCUGGGACUCCUCCUCCCGCAGUGACAUCACCUGUCACAUGAUGCCAUUCUACAGCUACGACAUACCGCACACGUGCGGUCCAAACCCGGCUGUCUGUUGUCAGUUCGAUUUCCACCGCCUGCCGGGGGGGCGGGUCUUCUGUCCGUGGAGGAAACCGCCGCAGCCAAUCACAGAGCAGAACGUCCAGGAGCGAGCUCGCCUCCUGUUGGAUCAGUACCGCCAGAAGUCUCGGCUCUUCCGCUCUCCGGUCCUUCUCGUUCCGCUCGGGGACGACUUUCGAUUCGUGGAGUCGAGCGAGUGGGACGCUCAGUUCGGUAACUACCAGAAACUCUUCGACUACUUCGACCAACACCCGGAGCUCCACAUCAAGGCUCGAUUCGGGACUCUCUCGGAUUACUUCGAGGCUCUUCAUCGGCGUCUGAGCGCAGCAGGAACGACUCUGCCGACACUUCGCGGCGACUUCUUCACGUACGCCGACCGUGACGAUCAUUACUGGAGCGGAUACUUCACCUCCAGACCGUUUUACAAACGCCUGGACAGAACGCUGGAGGCCACGCUCAGAGCGACAGAAAUCCUCUUCACCCUGACGUUGGCUGAAAUGCGUCGUUUCCGUGGCGACGGUCGUCCGGUCGCAGAUUUCCCAGCGCGCGAACACUUCCAGCGUUUGACGGCAGGGAGGCGGAGCCUGGCGCUGUUCCAGCACCACGACGGCAUCACUGGCACUGCCCGCGACCCCGUGGUGGUCGACUACGGCACCAGGUUGUUUCACGCGAUCCUGAACCUGCGCCAGGUGCUGCAGAGCUCUGCCCACUGGCUGCUCCUAUUGGACAAGAGCCAGUACCACCACGACCAAUCAAAACCCUUCCUGCAAAUGGAUGAUGUGAUCUCAGCGCAGGACGCUCUGCCUCAGAAGUCCUCGCUCACGCUCAGUGAUGAGCCCAGGUCAUUGAUCAUCUUCAACCCGACGGAGCAGCUCCGUACGUCCGUCAUCAGCGUCGUCGUCGACUCUCCGGACGCUCGCGUUGUCGAUGCAGAAACAGGUCGACCAAUGGCUGCACAGAUCUCUGCGGUGUGGGCGGAGCCGAGCCGGGCGUCCACAGAAGCUUUCCAGCUCGACUUCGUGGCUGAACUUCCUCCUCUGUCGCUCGGCGUGUAUCAUGUGACCAAAGCCUCUGUUGGCUCCGCCCACCGGGCUCGGUACACCUUCCAUCGUCGCGGCAACCCGCCAGCCAUCCAGACCGUACACUUCCAGGUGUCCGACCCACAAGUACCCGAGGCCGACGCCCCCCUGUCGCUUAGCAACAAGCACGUCCAAAUAUGGAGCUCCGCGGAGACCGGCCUGCUGCAGAAGCUCCGUCUGCAGUCCGGUCUGGUCCGUCAGGUCCAGGUCCAGUUUCUGUGGUACGGAACGAGGACCAGUGCAAACCAGGACAAGAGCGGAGCCUACCUGUUCCUGCCGGGGGAGGGGGCCCAGCUCUACUCGUCCUCAGAGCCGCCCCUGGUUCGGGUCUCCAGAGGGCCGGUCUUCUCUGACAUCACUUCCUGUUUCCGACACUUCACGCACAGAGUCCGACUUUACCACCUGGACGGGCAUGCUGGGAGGUCCCUGGAGAUUUCCAACAUGGUGGACAUCAGGUCAGAGGUCAACCGUGAGCUCGUCAUGCGGCUCGUCAGCGAUGUUGCCAAUGGCAACCGUUUCUACUCCGACCUCAACAGCUUCCAGAUGCAGCAGCGGCGGACUCUGGCGAAGCUCCCCCUGCAGGCGAACUUUUACCCGAUGAGCUCGGCGUCGUUCCUGCAGGACUCGACGUCUCGUGUGUCUCUGCUGUCGGCUCAGAGUCAGGCCGUCGCGUCGCUCAGACCAGGGGAGCUGGAGGUGGUGUUGGACCGGCGGCUGCAGCAGGACGAUAACCGCGGCCUCGGUCAGGGCGUCACCGACAACAAGCUGACGGCGAGUCUCUACCAGCUGCUGCUGGAGGACAGGAGGGGCGGAGCUCAGGAAGUGGGAGGAGCCUCAGUUGAACACCUGUCACUGCUCGCCCACCUGACCUCGCUCUCCCUCUGCCACCCGCCAAUCACCAUGGUCGCCCCUAGCGACAGCCAGCUGCCGAAGCUCCGCCCCUUCCUGCCGCUCCGGUCGUCGCUGCCGUGCGACGUUCACCUGCUGAACCUGAGGACACUGGAGGACGCGCAGGAAGCAGGAAGUCCGUCACAGGAAGCGGCUCUGCUCCUCCACAGGAAGGGCUUCGAUUGUAGCUCCGCCCCCGAGCCGCGACUGCAGUGCACGUGGAGCGCGCACGAGGAGGUGAACGUGGACGAUCUGUUCUCUCCUCUCCGCUUUCGUUCGGUCCGCCGGUCGGGACUCACUCUGCUGCGAGAAGACGACGAACCGCAGUCCGCCCAGCAACAGCGGCCGCCGCGCGUCACGCGCCUGCGGCCAAUGGAAAUCAGCGCUUUCCGCGUGGAGCUCGACUGAAAAACAAGAAGGAACAUUCAUUCAGUCAUUUCACACAACGAGAUAUAGAGAAUAAGCUGCCAGAGGAAAUGAGCCAAAAAUGUCACUAAAAAAGUCCAAACUUAAAGGUGAUGUAAAUAAAAGAUUAUAAAUGACAGAUUAUAAAUUACAGAUUAUAAAUAAAAGAUUAUAAAUUACAGAUUAUAAAUAAAAGAUUAUAAAUUACAGAUUAUAAAUUACAGAUUAUAAAUUACAGAUUGAUAUUAAGCAGCCAAAGCUGAGCUCUGCGGCCGUGGGCGAGAACGUGGCGCUACAAAUGAACGAGCCGGGAGUCGAAACCGGAAACCGCAAAGAAAAAGGGAAAGUGGAGAGGACGAAGAGUGAAAUACGUAAGACGGCGACGCAGCAGUCCGCGGGGUCAAAGGUCAGGAGCCCAAAG